AUGGCUGUGGCCGUUGCGGGCGUGACGUCUACCUCACGAACACUCUGGGCCUUUGCUCGCGAUCGUGCUACACCAUUCUCAGGGUUCCUGAGCCAUAUCAAACAGAAGAAGCAGGUUCCGGUUAGGGCUAUAUGGAUCAUCUUAAUCCUUCAGAUUGUUCUCGGCUUCAUCUAUCUGGCUAGUUCAACGGCAUUCAAUGCUAUUCUUUCUAUGGCCAUUGUCAGCAUGUACGCCUCCUAUUUUAUUCCGAUCGCAGCAAUGCUUUUCGGAGGCCGUGGACGGGUGCAAUCAGCCGACUACGGGCCCUUUAAGCUGGGCGAUCGCUUGGGUAUCGGCUGGAUCCUUGUUUCGAUGGUAUUCAGCACCUUUCCCAGUGUUAUACCUACCACUGCAGAUAUCAUGAACUACUCUAUUGUCGUCGUUAUAGGAUGGCUUGUAUUUGGAAUUCCGUUCUACUUGGUCUCGGGUCGUCAAAAGUUUGAGAUGCCGAUAGUUAGCGCAGGACUAAUCAUGGGGAUCCCGCUGACCGCAGACCCAGCGGCUUAA